AUGAAUCCACUAGAUUCUGGAAAAGAUAUUCUUUUUGGAUCUAUUGCUGGCUCUUGUGGGAAGUUUCUCGAGUAUCCUUUGGACACCAUAAAGGUGAGACUACAAUCUCAACCAAUAAAUAAACCUUUGAAAUUUGUUGGUGCAUUCGACUGUAUCAAAUACACUUAUAAUCAUGAAGGUUUUGCAAGUUUUUAUAAAGGUUUAACUUCACCCUUGAUUGGAUCUGCUUUGGAAAAUGCGAUUUUAUUUGUUGUUUAUAACUCUGCACAAGACAUUAUUAAAAACAACUUUUAUGGUGGCAAUAAAAAUGCUCAAUUAUCUCUUCCAGUAUUGACACUAUGUGGCUCAAUCUCUGGGAUAUUUUCUUCUUUUGUUUUAACCCCCGUUGAAUUAAUUAAAUGCAACAUGCAAGUAACAAGGUUAUACAACAAUGAUGUUAAAUUAAUGGCAAACAAUGUUCCAAAAAAGAGCGAUUUAAAUAUUUUACCUUUUGUUAAAACAAUUUUCAAGAAAAAUGGUGUUCUUGGGUUUUGGAGUGGCCAAUUAGGAACAUUAUCAAGAGAGUUUAUUGGAGAUGGUUUGUGGUUUGGUUCAUAUGAAGUUAUGAAAAGAUCGUUAAAUUAUAAUCCAAAUAAUGAUUCUCCAAUCGUUAAAAAUCUAAAAUUAUUGAUCUCCGGCGCAACUGCUGGAAUGAUUUUCAAUUUGUCAAUUUUUCCAAUUGAUUCAGUCAAAUCAAAAGUUCAGACUUAUUCAAUUGUUAAUUCCGAUAGUUUUAUAAAAAAUCCAACUUUUUCAACUAUUUUUUUCACUAUUUUGAAAAAUAAAGGAAUCAGAGACCUUUAUACUGGUUUGGGCAUUACUCUUGUCAAAAGUAUUCCUUCGAAUGCAGGUAUUUUCUUAACUUAUGAGAAUUUAAAACUAAUCUUUAAUUAA